AUGGAAUGGCCAGCUGAUUUCCAUUGCUCCCCCUUGGAUGAAUCUCUAUACAGCCUCCUUUCACCCUCACCACCCCCACCACCCCCACCAUCUCUAUCAGAAAUGCCUAAACCAUCAAGGGAGUGGAACAGUGAGGAAAACAAGGUGUUCGAGAACGCCUUGGCGGAGUUGGAUCAUUCUUCCCCAACCUUCUUCGAGAGUAUUGCAUCCAAGGUUCCAUGGCGAUCCAUUGAAGACAUCAAGCUCCACUACCAAGCACUCGUUCAAGACAUCGAGAUGAUCGAAUCCGGCAACUUCCCCAUCCCCGACUACCCAACACUCGACCUUCAGCCCAAGCCAGACGACGAUUCUAAAAACAAAACCGGCCCGCCCCGCCGCAGGGGCAUUCCAUGGACUGAAGAAGAGCACCAGCUGUUUCUGAUGGGGCUGAACAAGUACGGCAAGGGAGACUGGCGCAGCAUCUCGAGGUAUUACGUCAUCACCAAAACCCCAACUCAGGUUGCUAGCCACGCUCAGAAGUAUUUCCGCCGCCAGACGAGCUCCACUCCAGCCGACCGCCGCCGCCCCAGCAUUCACGACAUCCACACUGUUAGUCCUGCUGCUGCCGCCUUCGCCUCCCCCUCGCUCCCCAACCCCAUCCCUUUCCCGCCUUCUGCCCUAAUCCCAGCCCUUCAUCAAAACUAUCCAAACUUGGCUCAGAAUCCUUCAUUUCUGCAGCAGCCACCUCUCAAUGCUGCUCCUGCUCAUGCCAUGUUCAAUCAGGCUGCUCAUCCGUCUUCAUCGUCGUCGUCCUUCCUUCAGCCCCAGCUCAGGAACAACUUCUGGGGCUGA